AGCAACAUGACCAGCAGCCACGUUUGUUGUAAUUUUUUAAAUAUGUGGAAAAAAAGCAAGAUAUCAACCAUGUAUUAUCUUAACCAAGAUGCCAAAUUAUCUAACUUGUUUCUCCAGGCAAGCAGCCCAACAACAGGGACAGCUCCCAGGAGCCAAUCAAGGUUGUCUGUCUGUCCAUCCACUCAGGACAUCUGCAGAUCUACCAUCUUGCAUGACAUGUCAGAAGAGGCAUUUGAGUAUUGCACCCCUGUCAUGGUGCUGAGCCCUGCUAGGAAGGAGUCUGGUAAGAAACCAGUAAAACAGAGACCUAGAAGGAGGAGAAGGGCCCCUGAGAGAUAUGAGCAUGCAGAAGAACAAACAAAAGGGAGAAGAAAUGAUUUUCACCUCCAAAUCUCAAGCCCCAGAUGGAGGGAACUUUCUACAGAAGAUUCUUCAGAUACAGCUUCCACAGAUGAGAGUCACUGGAUUCAGGCAAAAAGAAGAGCCCAGGUUAAAUUCAGACUGUCAAGAAGAAGAAGGAGAAAUAAUAAUAAGCCAUGCAAAAACUUAGAUGGGUCUUCUACUCCUAAUGGAAUUGAGCUUGUUGAAUUGGGAUCCAAAGGUAAAAAUCAACAAGAGCCGAUGGAAUGUGAGAGUUGCUCUUUAAAUCUCUGCAGAGGAAAAGGCACAAGGUACCAAGAGUGUGGCCCUUCCUUGACUAGAGGAUCCUUUGAGAUUAAGAGAUCAUCCGGGAACCAUGAGAAUAGCAAAGGUAGAUACCACCACAGAGAUCCUCAGCUUUUGCAAAGUUUUAGGCGAACUGAAAUAAUAAAGAAGAGAUUUUCAGAAACAGAUUCAAGCACUGAAAUACUGGCAAUUAAAGAAGGCAACAAGUACAUGGAAGAUGCAGGGCUCCCGGUGAAUAACCCUGUUCAGAAGCCUCCUGCCACCUGCGAUGAUGAGUCUGAUAAUUUAGAAGUGUGCAGAAUCUGUCACUGCGAAGGGGAUGAAGAGAGCCCCCUCAUCACACCCUGUCGCUGCACAGGGACCCUGCGCUUCGUCCAUCAGUCCUGCCUCCACCAGUGGAUCAAGAGCUCAGACACGCGCUGCUGCGAGCUCUGCAAGUAUGACUUCAUAAUGGAGACCAAGCUCAAGCCCCUCCGGAAGUGGGAGAAACUACAGAUGACCACGAGUGAAAGGAGGAAAAUAUUCUGCUCUGUCACAUUCCACGUCAUCGCGAUCACCUGUGUGGUUUGGUCCUUGUACGUAUUGAUAGACCGGACGGCAGAGGAAAUCAAGCAAGGCAACGACAACGGUGUCCUUGAAUGGCCGUUUUGGACAAAACUGGUUGUGGUGGCCAUUGGCUUUACAGGAGGGCUCGUCUUCAUGUACGUGCAGUGUAAAGUCUACGUUCAGUUGUGGCGCAGGCUGAAGGCCUACAACCGUGUGAUCUUUGUACAGAAUUGCCCAGACACUGCCAAAAAACUGGAGAAGAACUUCUCAUGCAAUGUGAACACAGACGUCAAGGACGCCGUGGUAGUGCCUGUGUCACAAACAGGUACAAAUUCACUGCCAUCUGCAGAGGGCGGCCCCCCUGAAGUUGUAUCAGUUUGAUGGAACCAGUUGGGAGUUUCUUCACCGAAGAAUAUCUUUCUAGCCCUCAGCCACUACAAGUGACAGAAGUGAUCCUGAAUUUUUCACUUCCUUCAGCUCCUCCUUUCUCCUACUGAUGCAUUUUUCCUUACUUUGCUCAAAAAGGAAAGGAGGACACACCAAAUGACCAGGAUCCCAUGAAGUGUAGCCUGAAGUGUGAUAUGGAAAUGUGACAAUUAAGAACCACUGGAGCAAUGGAUGCUUUGAGGUAACGAUUAAAUGGACCGUGAUACUCUUCGUAGUAGCAGGGGAGAAGUUCAAGAUUGCAAACUUGAAUCGCAAUGUGUAUUUCUUCUAGGGCCUCGUAAUGUUAACUAUCUCAUUUGGAAAUAACAAACAUAUUUGGUUUUAAGCCUGAAAUUGUCGGCAUUAUCCUUGAGUCACAUUGGAAGCAAACUUGGAGGAUGCAUAUUUUGAUAUACUCGGACAGCUAACAGAUUUUUAUGGCUAUAGUGGAGUCCAGUUAUUUUGACAGAUGCAUGUUUUUAAAACAGAUGCAAUAUACAUCUGAGGACAUUAAUGCACAGAAUUGUUUAAAUCAUGAAUGGAAGAUUUUCAGAGAAUUUUUGGGUUUAAUUAGCUCUGCUAAAUUCCCACAGAAAUCAGCUAUCAGCUCCUCUAUUUUGUCUGGCCCCUCUAACACAGUGCUGUCCAAUAGAAAUAGAACAUGAGCCACAAAUGCAGGUCACAUAUGUAGAUUUUUAAUUUCCUAGUAGCCCCAUUAGAAAAAGCAAAAAUAAGUGGUGAAAUUAAUUUUGAUAAUAUUUUUUAUUUAACACUAUAUAUAUAACUUAUUUCAACUGUCAUCAAUAUAAAAAGUUAUUGAGAUAGGAUAGUUUACAUCUCUUUUUUUUGAACCAGGUUUUCAAAACCCAAAAUUCACUUUGUAUUUUGCAGCAGAUCUCAAUUUGAAUUAACUUCGUUGGAUAGCACAGCCCCAAAAUUAGAGACUAGGCAUCUGCUUUUUUUAACAGUUGAAUAUUUCACAACAGCAGCUUCAUUCAUUCUUUUAUUUCAAGCCCCAGAAAUGGUAUGAUUUUAUAAAGCACUGAAUCAAAUUAAGUACCCUGGUUUGAAGACUUAGAUGUAGUUCACAUUUCUCUAAAGGGUCAAGUAUAGAAAGAUAAAGCAAUCUGCCUGUAGCAAAGUUGUGAAAUUAACUUCUGUUUGUUUGCUACUAUGAAGCACUUAUGGUAGGGAAAUAAAAAUUAAAUAUUUUUUAUUAUUAAAUCAAAUGUGUUAAGUUUUUGUUUUUGUUUUUGUUUUUAUUUUUUUCCACACAAGGUGACAUCAACUUAACUGAUAGGUAAUUAGAUCAAGAAUCUAGAGGUUAUUGUUAAAAGCUGACAGGAUUUCCCUUGCUCAGUUGGGAAGCAAAAAUAUUCAACAGAUUCUGUGAUAAGUAAUAAAUUGUUUAGGUUCGACAAUUGAUUAUUAUGUUUCUUGGAUAUUCAUGUAAAACUAAAGUGUGAAUGAUAUUGCAGUGAGCUAGAUUGAUUACAGAUAUAGUAGCCUGUCAAAGAAAGAUGUCCUACAUAAGAAAGGGUGACUUAUUUUUGUUAGCUGUCAUAUUUAUUAAUGUGAAAGACAACGAUGGCCAUAAGAACCAAAGCAUGGGUAUUGCAUUGCACAGAUCUGGGUAUCACAUCGAUGCACUUUGUAAUUAUCAGUGUGCUUGUUGUUCACAGAUUAUCAUAGGUAAAAGGAAAAAAAAAUAACCUUUUUAUGAGGAGAAAGAUGGUAUGAAUAUUAGUAGUGGCUGACACUGAGUCCAAAUAGUCCCGAUCCUAGAAAUAAAGAAAAGAUAAACGAUGUCGAUUUUGUGUGUGUGUGGUGUGUGUGUGUAUUCAUGUAUAUACACAAGAAAAAUGUUAAGGUAUUCAGUCAGGAAACAAAAGGUUUAAAACUCAUCUUUCUUAAAACUUGCUAAAAGCUUAGGGAAAACAAAGUUGAGGUAACUGAACUGAACCAAAAAUUCGUACAAAUAAAGAUAUACAUGGUGUUUUUUAAAAAUAAUAUGAACCUUAAACAAACUACACUUUGUAUUAAAUUCCUUUUAAAUUUCUGUUUUAAAGAUUUAAGAUAAAUACAUUUAUGAAUAAGAAAGCUUUGGGUGAUUUAACCAUGACACCACACCCAAGAGAUUAAGCUUGAUACAAUUUUCCUGUUAAUUUUUCUAAGUUUUUUACUAAUCCAUUUUUCCUGUGGUUUAGCAAUGACAACAUGCUGUUUACAAAUAUUCCUGGGGGAACAAUCUAGUCACCAGCAAACAAAGAAAUGUUGAUUUCUCUUUUGUUUGCUCUGGAAGUAAAAGGACUAUUUACCUUAAUAACCAUGGAAAAUACUGUUUAAAUUCUGUACAAACCUAAGCAAGAUAGAUAAGUGCAGAGCUCAGUUCACAGUGGGAGAUGACUGGCUAGAAUAAAGCCUCAUUUAUUAAGAGCUACACUUAACACCAAGAAAACAUUUCUAAAAUGAAAAGUAAAGAUAAGCAUUACUAUAUUAAUGACAAAAGAUGACAUGGGGUUUUAAAACUACACCUAAAUUGUUGAAAUUAACUUUUGUGGGCUUUGAUUUUAUUGAAAUGAGAGAACAAUAUAGCUCCCUGGUAGAUUAAAAGUCAAUAUUUUAUUUUGCUCUUCUUCUGACCCUUUCAAACCCUGAAGUUCUAAAUUUCGAUCUUUAAAAAGCUUUCCUGCAAUGGCUGUUUAUGAUUCAAACAUCAAGUAACUACAUGCAUUUAAAACACAAUGUUGAUUAUUUUCUUUUCAUAUUCUGUGUGGCAAUGGAAUAUUUGCCCUUUCAAACAAUGAAAAGAUUUAGCUUUGUGGUAGUGCUUUAUGUGAACUGGAUACACUCCUCAAAAGAGAAACUGCACUAUACAGUGACAAUUUUUUUGAGGCAUGUUUACCUGCUCAUGUAAGAAAUAAAAUGCAAUUGAAACAAAGGACUAAAAUUGAAAAAUGAACUUAUAGUUCUAUUCAAAAUCUUGGCUUUUUAUAAUCAUGAAUCUGUGAUACUAUCAAUACCAUAAACCACAGAUAUUAAUGCUAUUAAUUUUUUAACUAAAGAACUGUCACUUUUAUUGUAUAAGAUUAAAGGUUAAUAAAUUAUAAAAGAAUGAAAUUCCACCUUGAGCCCAAAAGGCAAUUAAGCUUAAGUACAAAAACAAAACACGAAUGAAAAACAAAAUAAAACAAAGUGAUCCUAAGAACCUGGGAUACAGCAAUGCAUUAAUGAGGGAAGAAAGGUAUAUAGUGAAGAAGUCUUUCAAAAUGCCCCAGCAUUAAAUCGCACACUGAGCUGCUGUUACAUGUGACUACAGUCCCAUAGAGAUGUCCUCAUAGUUAUAUUUUAUCUUGUUUUACAAAAGGUCAUUUGGUACCCUUUAAAACAUCUAUUCCUUCGCUGAAAAGUUAGCUGCAUCACAGAGGGAAACCAAUGAAAAUAAUCUAUACAGACUUUCAAAACCUGUUAAAAAAAAGUUUAAGACAUCAUUAAGAGAAAUUAUAAGGGUCUUGGGGGCUGAGGUGGGAAGAUUAUUCCAUCUGCCCCACAUAAUUUAUGCUUCCUUGCUUUGAAAAUGAGUAUUUUGGGACAAAGUAGAGCUUUUAAAAGUUAUCGUCAUUAUUAUUACAGUUGUUAUAUAAUACUUUAAUUAAGAAAGAUGAAAACCUUUUUUCUUUCCUUAAAUCAGCCCAAUGGUGCUAUUUUACAUAUCGAUACAGUUGAAAGGAAGUACUGUUAUUUUGGGCUGCAGUGUUUCCUCCACAUUGAAGAAAGCCCAUUUUGAAAUUGGAUAUUGCAUUAAAACAAAGAAGAAAAAAUUAUUUUAACUGUGUGCAAUUUUUGAAAUUGGACAUUUGUACAUCUUUGGUUUGACCUAAUUCUCUUGCAUUAACAAUUUACUGUUUUGUGAAUACUGUGUGCUAAGACAAAUUAAGAAAAAAUUAUCUGUGAAAAACUUUGUAUAUUAAAUAAGUGACCCAAACCUU